UCCCUGCAAACGCUGUGGCUAGGAAAACCACGAAACCGCUGCACCUGUCAAGUGGCUGCCGGAAGGAUCAAAGAAGCAAAACAAAAUGUGCGCAACCUGCCGGCGGAAUCUUGCUUGAGCGAUUACAGCAUCCAAUUUUGUUUUACGCCAUGCAACAAACUGUGUCUACAAUGAUUGGCAAACACUUUGUCAAUCGUCCUCACCGAGUGUCGUAGAGGAAAAAGGUCAGCUUAUCAGAGCCAUCGUGGCAUCAAACGAGAACAAAACGCCGCAGUCGCCCGCGCAGUUGGUGUUUACCUUUGGGCUUCCAAUAAGACGCAGCGCCAUGGUCGAGCGAUAAAACCGUUCGUCACCAACGGAAAGUAAUCGACAACGAUAAGAUAAGCCAAUCGCACCGGAUCGGGCCUCCCACGGUUCAUCGCAUUAGCCGAUUUAGUCCGGCUUAAGCACGCAGCACGUUAUGCAAUAAAUCUAUCCACCACCGUGCAAUCGAAACGUGUAUCGAAGUCUGCAUUCCUGACGUUCACCGGAAGCAUCCGUCUCGUUGUCCCCAGGUCUCACCAGCCAACCAACCAGCCAAAGUGAACUUUGAUCGAAGCGUCCGGUAAUGUCGUCUGGAAUGAAAAAGUUUGGUGACUUGAUCGGUUCCAUCGACGAGGGGACCAGCUCGGCACGAUUCAUUCUUUUCAAGGCGGAAACGGCCGAAGUGGUUUGCUUCCACCAGAAGGAGCUGCGACAAAUCUACCCUCAGGAAGGAUGGGUGGAGCAGGAACCGCAGGAGAUACUGGCUGUCGUGCAAGAGUGCAUCGAGAAAACGAUUGAGAAGCUGCGCGAUUUAGGCGGUGAUCCGGCCAACGAUAUCGUGGCGGUCGGCGUUACGAAUCAGCGUGAAACGACAAUCGUCUGGAACAAGGAAACCGGUGAACCGCUGUACAAUGCGAUCGUAUGGCUCGAUAUGCGCACCGCAUCUACCGUCGAUCAGCUGCUCGAAACGGUACCAAAUAAGACAAAGAACAAGGACUACCUAAAACCAAUUUGCGGUUUACCGUUGUCACCCUAUUUCUCGGCCGUUAAGCUACGGUGGUUGAUGGACAAUGUGCCGAAGGUGAAGGCAGCCAUCCGGGCGGGGAACUGUCUGUUCGGAACGGUUGAUACUUGGUUGAUUUGGAAUCUUACCGGAGGACCCAACGGCGGCGUGCACAUAACCGAUGUUUCUAAUGCGUCCCGAACGAUGCUGAUGAGUCUGGAAUCGCUAGAGUACGAUAAAACGUUGCUGAAGUUCUUUGACGUUCCAGUUGAAAUCCUGCCCAGCAUUCGAUCCAGCUCGGAGGUGUACGGUUUGAUUUCAUACGAACCACUGCGCGGGAUCCCACUGUCGGGUUGCCUAGGAGACCAACAGUCGGCUCUGGUCGGUCAGGAGUGCUUGAUGCGCGGCAAAGCCAAAGCCACCUAUGGUACGGGAUGCUUUCUGCUUUACAACACUGGCACUGCGCGGAUCGAUUCAUCGCAUGGAUUGCUCACGACGGUAGCUUACCAGUUCGGUCCGGAGGAGGCUCCGGUGUACGCACUGGAAGGAUCAGUAGGUGUCGCUGGAGCCGCUCUCGGUUGGUUGCGUGAUAACAUGAACCUGAUGGCAAGUGUGAGCGAAUCGGAAGCAUUAGCCAAAACCGUUCCAAACAAUGGGGACGUUUACUUUGUGCCAGCGUUCAGUGGGCUUUAUGCACCGUACUGGAACCAGGAAGCUCGUGGUGUUAUCUGCGGCAUUACCGAGGAUACGAAGCGAGGUCACAUUGUGCGGGCAGCACUGGAAGCGAUCUGUUUCCAGGUGCGUGAUAUACUGGAUGUCAUGAACAGUGAAUGUGGGACGCCACUCGUCCGGUUAAAGGUGGACGGCGGAAUGACGAUCAACGAGUCGAUGAUGCAGUGGCAAGCCGAUCUAAUUGGACUGGACAUACAGCGGCCAACGUUCGUUGAAACUACCGCAUUGGGAGCAGCAAUGGUUGCUGGACGCGCGGUGGGCAAAUGGGACAUCGAGAACGUGAGUGUGGAGAGCAAGUGCACCGUGUUUCGACCGCAAAUCAGUGAAGACGAGCGCGAUAUGCGCUACAGCAAGUGGAAGAUGGCCAUCGAGCGAUCCUUUGGCUGGGAGAGCAACACACUGUGAUCGGUACGUAGAGGAGAAGGAGGAGGCUCAAGCUGAUCUUUCCACAAAGCGGCAUCCGACAACGAGCAGCAUUCAUUCCGCUGCUAGCUUAUAUGCAUAGUAUAGGGAAAAUAUAGGGGAUACAUGUUUCCGGGGUUGGGUUAUGUUUUAUGUAAUAAACCAUUUUUCAUUAUCGUUAUGAACGUAAGCGGUAACCUGAUGGCACACACGUGUAUAACGUUUGUUGAGUUUGAU